CAAGUACACAUAACGGUGGAGCUUUUCAUUGGAAUAAUGGAAAGUUUUUCGCAGUUGGAAAAAUAUAUUUGUCAGUCAAAUUUUUGUGGUUAACAGCGUGUGUGUAUGUGUCCGUGUAAAGUUAUUUUAACUUCAUUGAGACAUACGACCAGUUAAAAAGAAGGGAAAAGCUUCCAACACAUACGCACCACAACGACAUUGUACCUCUAACCGCGCUCGCGUAGGCAAUCUAUUCAACAAAGGGAAGAAGAAGACAAAUACUGCAUUGUGUGUGUGGUGUGCCUUUCGUAGUCACCGCCGCAGUUGCCAUAAGCAAGGAAAUCAAAUUUUGCGUUUAGUGUUUGGAAUCUUAAGCACUUCUUCACUUCUCUGCCUCCUCAUUUUGGCAUAAAGCCGCACAGUUUUUAAGAAAAAUUUCUUUAAUAUGGGAAAAAAGGAUAAAAAUAAGGGAGAGGCGGAUCCAGCACCAGCAUCUGAUGCUCCUCCAGCUGAUGGAGCACCAGCCGGUGAGGGUGGAGAUGGUGAGAUUGUUGGAGGACCACGUAAUCCCCAACAAAUUGCGGCACAAAAACGACUGCAACAAACGCAGGCACAAGUUGAUGAGUUACUAAUAGAAUAUACAACACUAUUUGUGGUUUGUGUACAAGCUAAAGAAAAUGUUUAUGAUUUCUGCUUAAACUAA